CCUAAAAAAACAGAGGUGCACCCCACUCCACAUUGGCCCUGAUCAAACAAGAGUGGACGGUGGGGAACUGACACACUAUGCUCAGAGCCACGAGGCUGGGGAGAGGCCCCCACAAGCCCUUAGCCAUCCUCAGGCACAUGGGGCCUCUCCGUGCCGUGAGGCCACAGCUCUGGUGCUUCCAACAUUCCUGUGCAGAGAAAUACGGCAGCUGUGCCCGGCACCCCCUUUGGACUGGUCCUGUCUCCUCACUGGGAGGCACCCGGCAGUCUCCCAUCAACAUCCAAUGGAGGGACAGUGUGUAUGACCCAAAGUUGACACCGCUCAGGGUCUCCUAUGAUGCGACAUCCUGCAGGUACCUCUGGAACACCGGUUACUUCUUCCAGGUGGAGUUUGAUGAUUCCUCUGAGGAGUCAGGGAUCAGCGGUGGGCCCCUGGGAAACCACUACAGGCUGAAGCAGUUUCACUUCCACUGGGGAGCAGCGAAUGCGUGGGGCUCGGAGCACAUGGUGGAUGGCCACGCCUACCCAGCUGAGCUCCAUUUGGUUCACUGGAAUCCCGUGAAAUAUGAAAAUUACAAGGAAGCCACCGUGGGGAAGGAUGGGCUGGCAGUGAUCGGCGUGUUUCUGAAGCUCGGGGCCCGGCAUGAGACUCUGCAGAGGCUGGUGGACCUCUUGCCAGACGUGAAACACAAGGAAACACAGGUGCCUGUGGGCCCCUUUGACCCAUCUUCUCUGCUGCCUGCCUGCCGGGAUUACUGGACCUACCCUGGCUCCCUCACCACCCCGCCCCUAGCUGAGUCAGUCACCUGGAUUAUCCAGAAGAUGCCCAUUGAGGUGGCUCCAAGCCAGCUGGCAGCAUUCCGCACUCUCUUGUUUUCUGGACGUGGCGAGGAAGAAGAGGCAAUGGCGAACAACUACCGCCCACUCCAGCCCCUCCUGGACCGGAAAGUCCGUGCGUCCUUCCGGGCCACUAGGAUAGGCAGAACGGAGUGAAAACGAGGUGUGCACUUUGCAGGGGUGUCAUGUGACGUGACACGUGGAUUAAAAAGAAGACGAGAUCAUUA